AUCUGAGGGCGCCAAACAUGUGAGAGGCGGGGUUUGACCAGCACAUGGUUCUCGAACGAUAAACUAUUAAAUUAACUAGCCAUUUCUUCCGCCACUGUUGUUGUAGUAGAAACCUCGAUAGUAUCAGCGAUCAUUGUCGUUUCCUGCUACAAUGGCUGUUCCUAUGCGCAACCCGAAGGACUCUAUGACAUCCACCUGGCGCAGGUGGGAUCAUAGCAAAUGGGGUCCCUGGCACUGGCUGAUCGAAGUCCUCAAUGUCCACCACGUCGAGCUGGACAAGAAAAUCCCGGUGCAUCAAAAGACUGAAAAGGUCCCUUACGCCCCCGAAGCCCAGUUUCAUAUCUGGGUUCUUCUUCAUGCCGCUCUCCCGGUAGUUCUGCAGCAGGCCUACAUCAGUUACACUCACCAGAACCUACCUCCAUGGGCUGUCUGGCUCCUCUAUCACUUCUCGUUAACGGCAAACGCGGUCCAUGAGAUACAUGUUCUUCGACGUGUGGCCCAUACAUAUGGGUUUUUUGACGGAGACAAGCAUGAGCGCGAUGGGGUUCCGGAUGUCGGCGUCUGGAGAACCAGUCGCUCUUUGCUCUCCGUCAUCUUCUUUCGUCCACUAAUAAUGGUCUAUUUCGGAUACAAUGUCAACCAGGAGCCCUCAUCGAUCAACUGGUUGUCGCUUCCUUUCAAGAUCGGCAUCUAUGCCAUCGUGCUGGACUUUUGGUUCUACUGGUAUCAUCGUGUGAUGCAUGCCACCGAGACCCUCUGGAAAUUCCAUCGCACGCACCACUUGACAAAACAUCCAAACCCUCUCCUGACGAGCUACGCCGACCACGAGCAAGAGUUCUUCGACAUCGUUGGAAUCCCCAUGAUGACAUUCGCGACUUUAAAGCUCCUAGGGAUGUCCUUUAGCUUUUACGACUGGUGGUUUGCCUGCGAGUAUGUCGUCUUUACGGAGGUCCUAGGACACAGCGGCCUGCGGAUGGAAGCCACGGCUGUCAACCCGCUCAAUUUCCUUUUGAGAAUGCUCGAUCUCGAAUUGGUCAUCGAAGACCACGAUCUGCAUCAUCGCCAAGGGUGGAAGAAGAGUCACAACUACGGCAAGCAGACCCGAGUCUGGGAUCGUCUCUUCGGCACCACUCGACCGAGAGUGGAGGGCUACAAGGACAACAUCGACUAUGUCAACACGGCAAAGAUCCCACUAUUUUGAUGAAAUUAACUCUUUUGAAUCAGCUUGAAACCCAUUCUUGGAUGUAAGUCGAGAUGCUGAGACUGCUUGAUAAUCAGAUAUCGGCACAGCUUCCGCAUCGGUUCCCGAAUGACUAUACCCACAAGUUUCUUAUCGAUACCAGUCUUUUUUUUUUUUUUUUUUUU